AUGUUGCCAUACGGCUACACUGCCCUUGUGAUCCUUCUUGCCCUCGGCCUCUUUCCAAACAGUACCUCAGGCGGCGUCUUCACCGAGGUGGAUCCUGUCGGCAAUUCGAUACCUCCGAGACGUGACGAUGCCUCCGCCACGGCGGUCGACGGAGUCAUGUACAUGAUGGGCGGUCGCACAGGGAGUGGGACGGCUGGCGACUUGUGGCGUUUCGACGUCGAAGACUCGCGCUGGGAAGAAAUCCCGGUUGUGGUCCAGACUCCCAACGGCGAUCCAGGCGCUCCCAUCGGUGCUGUCGAGGAUCACAUCAUGGACGCCGUCGGCGACGACGCCUUUGUCGUCUUCCACAGAUCCUCGCUCUGGAUGUACAACGUGACCACCGCUGUCUUCACCGGACCGUACGGGCCGCUGAGUGUCGACCUCAAAGACGCCGCGGGCGCGGUCGUCGUCUCUCCGACAUCAGGAUCUGCCGCCUUCCUCGUCUUUGCUGGCCUAGAUCGCUCGACAUCGCAUGUGGCGACGACCGACAGGCUCUUUUCCUUUGAUCUGCAGUCCAUGGUCUGGUCCGAAGUCGUCAAUGUCUCUGUUGUCGGUGCAGAAAGCGGCCCGGUGGCCCGCGAAGACGCGGGAAUGGUCGGCCUCGCUGAUGGGCGCCUGUAUCUCUACGGCGGCGCCAACGAUGCAAGUGAGAUGCUGGACGACCUCUGGGCUUUUGACCCGUCGACUAUCAGCUGGCACUUUCUCGGCUCGGCCUCAGAUAAUUCUUCCCGGGCGCACGAUGGGCUGUUGUGGCCGGUCCCAGUCGAAGACCACAGCAUGGCACGCAUUGGCACGAACGGCCUUUCGUUUGUCAUCCUUGCAGGCCUCCAGCUCUACGGUCGCAUCUACAUCUACGACGCGAGCACCAAGUUGUGGACAUACGAUCCACUGGCCACCGACCCACUCAAGCGCGCCGUCGGCGUUGACGCCGCCCUGCUCCACCUCAGCGGUACACCAGCCGCCCCGCUCGCCUUACCGUCGGAUCGCCGCGAGUCCGUUGUCGCUGCCGUCUCGCCUACCCGUGUUCUUCUUUUCGGCGGUGAAGUCAUCGUCAACGCCGAGCGCCUCAACGAUCUAUGGCAGUACUCGAUUGACGGCGAAUGCCCCAACGGAUGCUCGCGCGACGCAACAGACGGGCUUUCCAAUCUCUGCGGCGCGUACGCCAUCUGCGCAUGCGCCAACCCGAGUCUCGAUCUUGAGGCCAUGCUUGCUGUCAACGAGGACGACAUCUCGCAGCUCAUCCGCGACGCAGGCUACACCUGGCGCGAUACUUUCGCACUUGCCCCUGACUGCGAGCCGCGAGCACUCGCGCCGCAACCGCCGCCACCCGCGCCGCCAGUCGUCGACAAGCAAGCCAUCCGGGCUGGCCCGUCGGUAACAUCGACGCUUGCGCUCGGCCUUGGCCUUGGCAUCACCCUUUCUUUGCUCUUCUGCAUCGGUGUCCCGUUCGCCGUCUGGUGCCUCCGCCGUCGCCGCACCGUCGUCCACCACUACUCGCUCGAAGCCAACGCAAGCAUCACCAUCAAUUUUGACGACCUUGACUUUGUCCGCGAGCUCGGUCGAGGUGCGUACGGUGUUGUCCAGCUCGCAGCGCUUGGCUCGGACUUGGUCGCCGUGAAAGAGCUGGCUCUCCGCAACUCCGAGGCGGACAAACUUAAUCAGCCCGACCGACUGGACAUCGCUGCCUGGCGCGACAUCGAGGUGGCGCUGCCGACCUCGAUCCUCAUUGAUUUUGUCAACGAGGCCUCGAUCUUGCUCGCGUGUCGCCACACCAACAUCACCCUCCUUCGCGGCGUCUCCAUCGCCCCGCCCGCGCUCAUCUCCGAGUACAUGUCGCGCGGCUCGCUCUUCUCCGUCCUUCAGUCCGAAGCCGUCACCCUCAACCACUCGCUCAUCUACUCGUGGGCCGUCGGCAUUGCCUCUGGCCUCCGCUUCCUCCACGCCCGCGGCAUUGCCCAUCGCGAUCUCAAGUCGCCCAACGUGCUCCUCUCUGAUGGGUGGGCACCCAAGCUCGCCGAUUUUGGACUCUCGAGCUUUGCGCGCGAAGCUCAACCUUCGACGUGCGAGACGUCGUGGGGCGGAUCGCCAUCGCUUCCAGUACUAUCAGAUAGUGACGGUUCGAGUCGCAGCGCAGGCGUCCUCAACGACGACGCGCCGCUGGGCACGCUCCUCUGGACCGCGCCCGAGGUGCUUGUGGGCAAUGCAAGCAAGCCUGACCCCUUUUAUGCUGACAUCUACUCGUUUGGCGUGGUCAUGUGGGAGAUGGCGACGCGGAUGCCGCCAUACGGCGUCGCCUCGGACCCGGUCUCCACCGCCUUUGCCGUCAUGCGCGGUUCGACUGCGCUGAGAACCGACCUCAUUCCGCCACAGUUUAGUCCAGAGUACCGGACCAUAGUCAGCAGCUGUCUCUCGCGACGGGUCGACCAGCGGCCGUCGCUCGAUGUCAUCUCGUCCGUCAUCAGUCGCCUCUUUCACCCCUCGCGCGUUAUCUACCCGAUCCCCAUGCUCGAGCCCGAGGGCGAGGUUUUCACUCUCACUCUAUCACUUCCGCUCGUCGACGGCGUCCUCGCCGUCCAGCAUCCGGGCGCAAUCGAGAAGAUCAAGGCCUUCCACGCCGUCGUCCGCGACGCGUCUCGGUCGUCGUCGGCCUUUCUCGAGUCAUGGUCACUCCAGUCGGCCAUCCUUGUCUGCGCCCGCAUCUCGCAGCUGGCCAAGGCUCUGCUAUCGAUUGCCCAAGAUUUGCAUGAAGCCUGGGCAGCCCUUCCGUCGGCGCCGCUCGUUGUAGUCGUUGCCAUCGAGUCCGGCGCGGCAACCGUCGACGGCUCGGACAUUCGCUCGCCCUCGGCGACGUAUGCUGGCCCUGCGCUCGUUGCUGCACACGCGCUCUGCGACGCCAUGGUCGACUCUCAUCACGCCGGCCUCGCCGCGACAUCGUCUCGUGUAUCCGCCUCGGUCUCCAGGCUCGGAACGCUGGGCACUGCCACAAGCUCAGCCACUACACCGCUCGCCACCACCUCGGACAUGUCGGCUUCGGAUGCAGGCUUGCCGGGCCAUGGCGCCUCAGUCCGGAUCCCAAUGGCCGUCCUCAUCGCUGGCAACUUGUGGGCUACGGUUGGCGAUGCGCUCGGUAUGCACGGCUUUGUACCGGCCCCUCGCCUGAUGGAAGGCCCGGCGUCGCGAUUGAUGUGCGUUGCCAACGCCACUUCCAGUGGUCGGUGGAUGAUGUACGGCGCCUCGCCAGCGAGCUCGCCGUUUGAGCACAUCUGGUCGCGCCUUCUCGACCUGCUGCCCGGCGCUGGUCUCACCAUGUUCCCGGUCCGCGACAUCGACUCCGAUGCCGCCAUCGCUGCUGGCUCGGGCCGCCGCCUCGGCUCGGGUUCGUUCGGCCGAGUCCACUGUCUCGCUGCUGCUGCCUGUAAUGGUCAGCCCAUCGCCGUCAAGACCCUGCUCCAGCCGAUGCUCACCCCCGACUCGCUCAUCGACUUUGUGGCGGCGCUGUUCACAGUCGAGGCUGUCACCCGCAACGUCGGCGUCGCGGUUCCCAUUCUUGGCAUCUGCCCCGUCAAUGGCUCACUUGCCAUUGUCUCGCAAUAUCACUCCGGCCGCUCCCUCGCUACGGUGGCUAUCGGUCAACUCGAGGCUCCUGAGCGCCGUGCAAUCAUCCGCGCCAUCUGCGUCGCAGUCCGCGACCUGCACCGCGCCGGCGUCGUCCACGGUGCCCUCAAGCCCGGCAAUAUUCACAUCUCGCAUGCCGACUCGGACCCGGAUCUCGACCAGCCGCAGAGCUCGACUCCAAGCACCUCGUCGUCGCCAAGCUGCACUGUCGUGCUCUCCGACAUCGGCCUCUCCUCCAUCAAGUCUUCCCUCAACACCAUGACCCUUUCGCCAACCGUCGCCUACAUGGCGCCCGAGCUCAUCCAAGGUGACAUUCCCACCUUUGCAUCUGACAUCUACGCUCUCACCGUCCUCAUCCUCGAGGUAUGGGAUCCGGCAACCGUCCGAGCCUCCCUCUCCGCAGCGCCCAUGAAGCUCGCCAUGCGUAUCAUGGACGCCAACGUUGUCAGUGCCACCCAGCUUGACAUCGCCCUGCCGAUCUGCCUUGCCCAGUUUCUCAAUCAGUGUUUGGAUGCCCAGCCCGAGACACGGCCAUCAGCAUCAGCGCUUGCCCACGCCAUCCAGAUCGGGGCUCGGACUCGGGCUCAGCCGCAAGGCAGAGGUGACGACGAGCUCGACGCCCUCAUUGCGGCAGAGCUCGAGGGGCUGGGCGAGGCGCACGAGUCGGGCCGGGCCAAGGCUAAGGCCAAGGCCAAGGACAGGGCCAAGGCCAAGGCCAAAGACAAAGCGAAAGACAAGGCUAAGGACGGGGUGAGAUUGCGAGAGUCGGACAAGGUUAGAUCGCGGACUCAUGAGCCGGGGGCCGACGAGCGCAGGCCGCGGGCCGACGAGCGCAGGCCGCGGGCCGACGAGCGCAGGCCGCGGGCCGACGAGCGCAGGCCGCGGGCCGACGAUCAUCGCCGCGAUCACACCAAAGUCGACAAGCGGAAGCGGGCAGAGGCCCAAGCACGGGCAGAGGCCCAGGCAAGGGCAGAGGCAGAGGCCAUGGCCGCAGAGGCCGCAGAGGCCGAAGCCCGUGCCCAGGCCAAGGCUAAGGCCAAGGCCAAGGCCAAGGCCAAGGCCAAGGCCAAAGACAAAGCGAAAGACAACGACAAAGCGAAAGACAAAGCGAACGACAAGGGGCAAGGCAAGGACAAGGCUAACGAGCCAUCUCCCCCUCGGCCGGAACCCGCCCCUCUCCCGGCUCCGUCCAACACCUACCUCGACGACGACGACUGGGAAGACGACGAUGCUGAUGACGAGGUGGCGCGGUUUCAGCGCGAGCACGACGAGUCUCAAAAGGCUGCUGCUGCUGCUGCUGCUGCUGCUGCCCUUGCCCAGUCGGCUGCCGGAGGCGGGGAUUUUACGACGACGACUUUGAGGAGCUCUCAUCAAGCUCGGAUGAGAGGCAACAAGCGCCGGCCGGGUGGACCGGAGGGAUCGCCGCCGGCGUCCAACGCCUGGAUCCAUGAGCACGCGUUCUCGGUGGCGCGGACCAAGCCGACGACAGUAGCCGCGGCAAUGCGAACCCGUCGUCGCGGCCAGGAUCUCGCGCCGCUGGUUGGCCUCGACGUCGUCGUCAUCAAUAUGUUCGACAUGGCUCCGCUCUCCGAGUACGAGUUGUACAUGCAGCAGGUCGGCCGGGAGGACACCCGCCAGGUGGCGGUCCAGGUCUCGGGCGCCGAGCUGAUGGAGAGCCGCGAGGUCCAGACUGACGACGUUGAGCAGAGGUCGGUGGCAAUCCAGGCACCGCAAGGCCUAGCGUCCGGUCCGGUCCGCUCUGACACUCACCGCGCCACGUUUGACCGCGUCCGCCUUGCCGCCUUCCUGCAGGGCGUCGCCGCGCCGGUCUGCCAAAUACUGGCCGACAACGCGCGGGCGCGGCUCACCACGGCGCUCGACGCCAGCCCAUCGGACGUCCCACUCUGCUCGUCGAUGGUCGCGCUUGGGAGCAGGGCGGACGCGGUGGUGGCCGUCGCCUUUGCUCAAGCGCAGGCCCACCUUGUCGCCGUUGCCUACACCAGCGGUGGUGUUUGUGUAUUUGACGCCAACGCUCCGGCGUCGCCGCUGCACACACUCGACACUGGCGGCCUCGCUGUGACGUCAUUUGCCUUUUCUUCGCUCCGCGCCGACGUCCUCGUCGCCGGCUUUGAUGACGGCAGCCUUGCCGCGUGGGAUCUUCGCGAGUCGGCGAGCCUUCACGCUCAGCACGCUGCGCAAACGCGCAAGGCCGCCUUUCCCAGCCCGGAACUCGUCCCGCGCCCCCGCUCUUGCACCGCAAGCCUCAUGGUCACUCCCGACUAUCCGCAUACCCGUGGCGGCAUCGUCGGCACCACCACAUUCCAUUCGGCCGGAACCCAGAUGGCGGUCUCACUCGACGCGUCGGGUGUGGUGGCAACGUGGACGCUGACCGGGAGCGGGCCGACCCGCCGCGCGCUGGGCGCCGGCUCGCGCACCGCACUUGGUCGGGCCGUCUUUGCUGGCCUCGAAUUCAAGCACCUCGCGUCGUUUGCGGCGGUCGGCGGCGCUACCGCGACCCGCCUCUCCGCCACCUCGCUCUGCACUGCCGCAGACUCGGGCGACGCACUCCUGCUCGGUCUCUCCGAUGGCCGCAUCCUGCACAAACGCCGCGGCGGCUCCGGUGCCGCACUCUGCCCACCAUCUUACGGCGCUGCCGGCUCUGCAGCCGUGACUGUCGUCACCCGCUCCAUCGGCACGCCGACGCUCGUCGCUGCAGGCACUGCCAGCGGCAGGCUACUAGUCUUUGCGCCCGCGCUUGCCGACCCGGUCCUCACACUUAAUCUCUCGCCGAGCUCGGCGGCUGUCGUCGACAUCACUUGGUCGCCGGCCCGCCCCUCGCUAUUUUUUGCCACCGCUGCCUGCGGCACCCUCGCCGCCUUUGACCUCCUCGCUUCACUCACUGGGCCGAUCCACACUGCUUCGCUCUCUUCUGCGCAUCUCGCCCACUCGCACUCGCGCACCCCUACCCUUCUCCUCGCGCGGGACACCGCUGCCGCCACUGCUUCGACCACCCUCGAGCUGCACAUCCUCGAUGCCUGGGCCAUGGCCUGGACCCGUUCUGACGAGGAUGCCUGGAUUCAUCUCGCCGACCAUCUGGUCCAGUCCCUUCAUGGCUGAUCAGCCCCAACCCUCUCCCAACACAACACCACGCCACGCCACCUAAAUCACCUUUGUAACCUCCA